CCCUCGUCCGCGCCUCGCACUCCGCGCGCACGUCUGCGCCUGCUGGCCCUGCACGCAGCAUGCUGCCCGCAGACGACAGCUUCGCCAAGCAGCAGGCGCUCGCAGCCGCGCGCACCGCCGCCGCCCAGGCCCGCCUCGCCGAGGAGCGCGCCGCCAAGGAGGCCGCAGCACGUGCCGCAAAGGCUGCCGCAGACGAGGCCGAGCGCCUCAAGGUGCGCCGCGAGCGCGAGGCGGCGCUGCUGCGCGAGACACGCAAGAAGGACGAGGAGCGCGCGCGCAGAAAGGCAGAUGAGGAGCGCGCCAGGCUCAGGGCGCUGAGGCAGGAGAAGGAGCGCAGGGAGGAGGAGGAGAAGAUCAGGGGCACGGCGGAGAAGAAGGCAAAGAAGCCGGCUGCAUCCUCUGAGCCUCGCGAGCGCAAGAGCCGGCCAGAGGGGCCGUCUGGCUCUCGCUCCGGCGAGCAGGUCGCGCUCACGCGCGAGGAGCAGCGGCGUCGGCGCGAGGCCGCCAUCUUCGCUGCGCCCAAGAAGGCCAAGAGCGCGCCGAAGAAGGGGCCUGGCGUCAUGGUGCCUGGCCGCAGCACCGAGGCCGCACGCAUCCCUGCAGCGAGCAGCAGCAGCAGUGCGGCGCCGGCCAAGACGAGCUGGGAGAUGAAGGCGCUCGGCACGAACCGCGUGGUGCAUCGCAGCAUCGACGAGAUCGAGCGCGAGCACCGAGCGGCACGCGCCAACGACGUCGAGACGCUGCGCCGCGAGAAGGAGAAGCGCGAGCUGGAGCAGCAGGCGCUCGAGCGCAGACGCAAGGCCAUGGAGCAGAAGCGCAGCCAGGCUGCGUCGCAGCUCUCGUCCGACCAGGCGACGCGCAAGUCGAAGGGCAAGCGCAGCAGCCAAAGCGGCAGCGGCAGCGAGUCGGACUCGGGCGCCGACAGCAUGUUCGCUAGCUCCGACGACGAGAAUCGGCGGCGCAAGGACGGCGCGAGCUCGAAGACGAAGCACAGCGUCUCGCCGCUGCCUUCGAAGGCGCCGCUCGGCAAGUCUGCUGCGCCGCCAGUCCGCCCACCAGUCCAGGUCGCUCCGGUCCGCUCCUUCAACGGCCGCAACCCAGCCGACUUUCUGCCCGGCGCCAAGGUCAGCGCCGACUCGAGCAUCCCUGCGCCAAAGAAGAAGAAGGUGCGCCCCGACGACAAGAAGCGGCGCAGCGACGAAGUCGAGCCGCGCAAGCGCAAGGUGCGCAGCGAAGACGAGGCAGGCAAGGAGGCCAAGCCUGCUCGCAAAGAGACGCCGCGCGAGAAGUUCCUGCGCGAAGAGGCGGAGCGCAAGGCCAGUCGCUCGCCGUCUGCCUCUGCCAAGGCGAAGGCAGCACCAUCGGCGAGUCGGCCGAAGGGCAAGUCGACGCAGUAUGCAGAGAGCGACGAGGAGAGCGACGAGAGCGAGAGCGAGCUGUCGGAGAGCGAGGACUACGAGACUGAGUCGGAGUCGGAGGAGGAGCGGCGACCGGGCAAGAAGCGUCGCUCGGAGAAGGUGGAUCGCGCCAUGAUCUGGGAGGCCAUGGGUCUUGAUCGCAGCAAGUACGCCGACCGCGACGUCGACAGCGACGACGACAUGGAGGCCGGCGCCGCAGACGUGUAUGCCGAGGAGCUGCGCAGCGCACGCCAGGCGCAGAAGGAGGACCGCGAGGAAGAGGAGCGCGAGCGGCAGCGCGAGAAGGAGAAGGCGGCGCGCAAGAAGGAGCGCGAGAGGCGGCAUUGAGCAGCACACAGGUACAGGCACGACUUUCACUCAUCAUCACCGUCAUCAAUCAACACGCAGCGAUAAUCAGAUCAAGUGCUUCUCUUCUGUGACUUCGUCGACGACCAGGGAACGAACGGCGAGGGAGCCAGCACCCUCGAGCCGGAUCAGGCAGUGAUGCCUCCGGCACGCUUGCGGAUGCGCGCCGUGUUCGUCGGCCCGACGCUCGUGCGGUUCAUGGCGUCGCCCGGCACGAGCUCGUCGCCGUCGAGC